AGAGGCUGCCAGUGUUCCUCUCUGGCUGUGCUUUUCACUUUGGGACAAAGUUCUCUAAUCAGAUCUCAUGGAUUAAUUUUCUCUACACUGUAAAGCCUGAAUUGUGAAGAUCUCAUCAUGCCUUAAAGGGCAGCAUGAACCAAAUUUGGGGCUGCUAAGGAUUUCUUUUUUUACCCCCCUCUCCCUUUUUUUGGAGCUGUGAAUCAGAAAAAGGCUUUGCCUUUAGAGAGAAAUUUUGCUGCUCUUGCCAAUAAUGUGUAGCAAUAUUAAAUUUAAUGGCAGACCUUGAAGUGUAUAAAAACUUAAGUCCAGAAAAAGUUGAAAGAUGCAUGAGUGUAAUGCAGUCCGGGACACAGAUGAUCAAACUGAAGCGUGGGACCAAAGGACUCGUUCGGCUGUUUUACCUGGAUGAGCACCGUACCCGUCUCCGGUGGCGGCCCUCUAGGAAGAGUGAGAAGGCAAAAAUAAUCAUAGACUCUAUUUACAAAGUCACCGAGGGCCGGCAGUCUGAAAUAUUCCACAGACAAGCCGAGGGAAAUUUUGACCCCAGCUGCUGCUUCACCAUCUACCAUGGCAACCACAUGGAGUCCCUGGACCUCAUCACCUCCAACCCCGAGGAGGCCCGCACCUGGAUCACAGGCCUCAAGUACCUGAUGGCUGGCAUCAGUGACGAAGACUCCCUUGCCAAAAGGCAGAGGACCCAUGACCAAUGGGUGAAGCAGACCUUUGAGGAAGCUGAUAAGAAUGGGGAUGGCUUAUUGAAUAUUGAAGAGAUACACCAGUUGAUGCAUAAACUAAACGUCAACCUGCCCCGAAGAAAGGUCAGACAAAUGUUUCAGGAAGCUGACACAGAUGAAAAUCAAGGAACUUUGACAUUUGAAGAGUUUUGUGUUUUUUACAAAAUGAUGUCGUUGAGGCGGGAUCUUUAUUUGUUGCUCCUCAGCUACAGUGACAAGAAAGAUCACCUAACUGUGGAAGAACUGGCUCAGUUUUUGAAAGUGGAGCAAAAGAUGAAUAAUGUGACUGCAGACUGUUGUCUUGAUAUCAUAAGGAAGUUUGAAGUUUCAGAAGAAAAUAAGGCGAAAAAUAUUCUUGGCAUAGAAGGCUUCACAAACUUCAUGCGUAGUCCUGCUUGCGAUGUAUUUAACCCACUGCACCAUGAAGUGUAUCAGGACAUGGAUCAGCCUCUCUGCAACUACUACAUUGCUUCCUCUCACAAUACAUACCUGACUGGAGACCAGCUCCUCUCUCAGUCCAAAGUGGAUAUGUAUGCUCGGGUGCUACAAGAGGGCUGUCGGUGUGUGGAAGUUGACUGUUGGGACGGCCCAGAUGGGGAACCAGUGGUACACCAUGGUUAUACCCUCACUUCCAAAAUUCUCUUCAGAGAUGUGGUGGAGACCAUCAACAAGCACGCCUUUGUGAAGAAUGAAUUUCCGGUUAUAUUGUCCAUUGAGAAUCACUGCAGUGUCCAACAACAAAGGAAGAUUGCCCAGUACCUGAAGGGAAUAUUUCGAGACAAACUGGAUCUGUCUUCUGUAGACACAGGAGAAGAGUGCAAACAACUUCCAAGCCCUCAAAGUUUGAAAGGCAAAAUCCUAGUGAAGGGCAAGAAGUUGCCUUAUCAUCUUGGAGAUGAUGCAGAGGAAGGGGAAGUUUCCGAUGAGGACAGUGCAGAUGAAAUUGAAGAUGAGUGCAAGUUCAAGCUGCAUUAUAAUAAUGGGACCACUGAGCAUCAGGUGGAAUCUUUUAUAAGGAAAAAACUGGAGUCGCUGUUAAGAGAAUCUCAAAUUCGAGACAAAGAAGAUCCUGAUAGCUUCACAGUGAGGGCACUUUUGAAGGCUACUCAUGAAGGCUUAAAUGUACAUCUGAAGCAGAAUCCAGAUGUAAAGGAAAAUGGAAAGAAAUCACAUGGACGUUCCCUCAUGACAAACUUUGGAAAACAUAAGAAAGCUACAAAAUCAAGGUCUAAAUCUUAUAGUACAGAUGAUGAGGAGGAUGCACAGCAGAAUCCUGGCAAGGAGAGUUGCCAGCUGUACAGGUUGGGCCGACGAAGAAAAACCAUGAAGCUCUGCCGAGAACUCUCCGAUCUGGUGGUAUAUACAAACUCUGUGGCCGCUCAGGACAUCGUGGAUGAUGGAACCACAGGAAAUGUGUUAUCAUUCAGUGAAACAAGAGCACAUCAGGUGGUUCAGCAGAAAUCAGAGCAAUUCAUGAUUUAUAACCAAAAGCAGCUCACGAGGAUUUACCCCUCUGCCUACCGGAUUGAUUCCAGUAAUUUCAACCCUCUGCCCUACUGGAACGCAGGUUGUCAGCUAGUGGCGCUGAACUACCAGUCUGAAGGUCGGAUGAUGCAGUUAAAUCGAGCCAAAUUCAAGACAAAUGGCAAUUGUGGCUAUGUGCUCAAACCCCAACAAAUGAGCAAGGGUACUUUCAACCCUUUCUCUGGUGAUCCACUUCCUGCCAACCCCAAAAAGCAACUCAUCCUGAAAGUAAUCAGUGGCCAGCAACUCCCCAAACCUCCAGAUUCCAUGUUUGGAGACAGAGGCGAGAUUAUUGACCCCUUUGUUGAAGUUGAAAUUAUUGGACUACCUGUAGAUUGUUGUAAAGAUCAAACCCGUGUGGUGGAUGACAAUGGAUUUAACCCUGUGUGGGAAGAAACACUGACAUUUACAGUCCACCUGCCAGAAAUAGCUUUGGUUCGCUUCCUUGUGUGGGAUCAUGAUCCCAUUGGACGAGACUUUGUUGGACAAAGAACAGUGACCUUUAGCAGCUUAGUGCCUGGUUACCGACAUGUCUAUUUGGAAGGACUGACAGAAGCAUCUAUAUUUGUCCACAUAACAAUCAAUGAAAUCUAUGGAAAGUGGAGCCCUUUAAUACUCAACCCCAGUUAUACUAUAUUGCAUUUUCUAGGAGCUACAAAGAGCAGACAGCUCCAAGGUCUGAAGGGACUGUUCAAUAAGAAUCCCAGACAUAGUUCAGAAACCAAUUCCCAUUAUGUCCGGAAACGAUCACUUGGAGAUAGAAUUCUGCGACGUACAGCCAGUGCCCCAGCCAAAGGCAGGAAAAAGAGUAAAAUGGGCUUCCAAGAAAUGGUAGAGAUAAAGGAUUCUGUGUCUGAGGCUGCACGAGAACAAGAUGGUGUCCUGCGGAGGACCACACGGAGUUUGCAAGUACGCCCUGUCUCUAUGCCUGUUGACAAAAGUCUUCUGGGAGCAUUUUCACUGCCUGUAGCUGAAACAGCAAAAGACAAUGAAGGAAAAGAAAACUCGCUGGUACAAAUCUGAAUAGGAACAACUUAAGCAGAAAAUAAGAAUGGCCAAAGAAAAGGGAAGGCAAGAACAAAAGACCAACAUUUUCAAAAUUUCAACAAAAAAUUCUCCUCUUCCAGUACUCUCCUCCACAAAGACACCACCAGCGAAAGGAGCACCACUGUUUCUACUGUCAAUGUAUCAAUUACAGGAGAACCAUUGGGAAUGCUGGGCCUGAAAGGUGGGAGAAGCAAAUUAAAUGUGACAAAUGAUUGCCAGGAAAACCACUGUCCCAACAAAGCCCUUUCCCCAAAGAAGCAUUUGGAUCUUGAUCCUGCAGUUAACCUAGCACAAGAUCGUUGUGGCAUAAAAACCAAGGAAAAUGGGAAUGUGGAGGGUUUAGUGGAAAGGAAAAGUACGUUGUCAGGAAGCAUCCUUUCUCAAAGUAAUCUUGAGAUUAAGAAUCUGGAGAAGAAUAAUAGGUUUAAGGGCACAGCAGCAGCAUCUUUUUCUUUGUCAGACGUCUCCAUGCUCUGUGCUGACAUACCUGACUUACAUUCAACUGGGAUUCUGCAGGAGAGUGGGCUUUCCCAACUCAUUGACAAUGUCACUUUAACAAAUGAGAAUGAGUCGAGCAGUUCCAUAUCAGCACUAAUUGGACAGUUUGAUGAGACCAGUGAUCAGGCUAAUCUCAGAGUUGCUUCUCAUCUUCCUUCUACUAGUGUGAUGUCAGGUCAGCCUCCCUUGCCCACCACUGGUCUAAAACUACCUUUCAAGCAUGACUUUUCCAAAGGAAAGUCCAAAUCAUCCUUCCUGUGCUCAUCUCCUGAACCUAUUGCAUUUUCUAGUCCCGAGGCCACGGAACAUGCAACAUACACAGUCGUUCAUGAAACCACUUGCACUACCAUCUCUAAACCCAAACUAGAUGAUAAGCUUUCUGGUAAGACCAAUACAGAGACAAUGGAAGGCAAUCUGCCUGGGUCCCCUCAUUGCUGGUUACCAGCAAGUCCCAAUAAGGGGAAAGACUGGAAAGUUCUGAAGAACUGCAGCCCUGCAACAUCCACGGAAUUGACAUUGGAGGACAUCAUAACUGAUCCAACACUCUGUUUAAACUCUGCAGAGAGCAGUCUCGUGGAAAUUGAUGGUGGGUCAGAAAAUCUCUCCAUAAUAACCUGUGACUAUAGGAGAAGGGCCACAAGCCAACAUGCUUCUCCUUUAAAGCUGAAGCCUGGCCGGGGUAUGGUGGAACAUACUCAAAAUGGUCUGAGAAAUGGCUACUUUAAAGAGACUCUCCCUCCGUCUGUCCCUGAAAUAGUCAAAAAUGUUCAUGAUGUCAAAUGUCAAAGUGCUUCACGUCUAGCUUGUCAGGGUGCUGCUGGCUUCACGUAUAACCACAUCUCAAAUCCAGAUGCAAGCAUGAACCUGACCCACGAGCUCCUGCCAUCUAGUGCUCAAGCUAUGCAUGCUUCUGCCCCCAAGCUCUCAGCACAUCUUCCUCUGCCUGCUCUGAAAUUGCCUAGUCCUUGCAAAUCUAAAAGUCUGGGUGACUUAACAUCAGAAGACAUUGCCUGCAAUUUUGAAAGCAAGUACCAAUGUAUUAGUAAGAGUUUUGUUACAACUGGUUUGAGAGACAAGAAGGGUAUGCCUGUGAAGACAGAACCAUUAGAGCCUACAGAUGCUUUGACCGAACAGCUGAGGAAGCUUGUGUCCUUUGACCAGGAGGAUGGCUGCCAAGUGCGAUACUCAAAGCAGGAGGUGAAUCAGCUCCCCAGGGCACUGGUCAGAAAGUUGUCUUCUAGAAGUCAGAGCAGAGUGCGUAAUAUUGCCAGUCGUGCCAAGGAAAAACAGGAAGCCAACAAGCAAAAAGUUGUGAACCCCAGCAAUGUUGGGGGAGUGGUUCUUAGAAGCAAGUCCUCAGCACCCCAAUCCACCGUGAACCGUCAUUCCACCGGCUCAUACAUUGCGGGCUACCUGAGUAACCGGAAGAGCCUGGAAGGCCGUGGCAUCCCAGAGGGGGCAUGCACAGCCCUAAGCUAUGGAUACUUCGACCAGUUUUGUUCAGAUAACUCUGUUUUGCAGACUGAGCCAAGCAAUGAUGACAAACCAGAAAUUUAUUUUCUCUUGAGACUGUGAAUUAUAUUAAAGCUGCAUCUUCAAAGUUUACAAAAGUAGUGUGUAUAAUGUCAGAGUUCUCCCUUUCCAGUAAAUGUGGCCCUUGGCUUUAAGAUGAUUUGAAAAUGUAUUUUGGUCUCUUUUUGACUUCCUGUGUUCUUACUGGCUAUGCGUUUGUACAUAGAUUCUGUGACAUUAGCCAUGUGCGUAUGAGUUUUCCUCUUGAUGUGCUGUAAGCUGUAUUGGUAUGAAAUAUGAGCAUGCUCUCCUUGUGAAACUUCUCAGCAACUUGAGUUGUAAUGUGUAUAUGUCUUGAUUUUUCUUGUAUGUUUUCAGAUCAUAGUCACAAAUGUAGUCAUUUUUUAAACCCUAUUGAGUUCAUUAGGAACCUUUUCAAAGGAUCAAGGGAUGAAUUUUUUAUUUGAAAAACAUUACCAUUGCUCUUCUUUAUUUACAACCCCACAUGAAGUUUUAUACCUCACUUAAAAGAUGUUGAAAGUAGUUAACUCGCCUUUUAGGAAUGCUUCACCCUACCCAGGAUAAGACAAUUCAAAGGGAGUUGGUAGCUGCUUUAUUCCCCUCUAUUUUAGAGUGGGUAUGGAGAAGAAAACAAACAUCUGUAUAUAAGGACACAAUGAUUUGUUUUACAUAAAUUUUGUUACAUAUUUUUGCUAAAGGCUUUGUAUGUAACAGGAAUAUAGUUGCCAAAGUAUUUGUUGUACUUUUGAAUUUUCUGAUUCAAUUAUAGACUGCAAAUAAUGGCUUUACAGAAUAAGAGACUUCCAUCAGUCUCUAACAAUAAUAAUAGCACAAAUUGGACACUUCUCCAAAGCUCUCAAGAAAAAAAAAUAUUUUCUCAUAAUAUAAUCCAAGUGAACAGAUAAUUAAAAGAAAGCUUUUUCCUUCAGGGACCAGGCCAACUAUAUUUUAGUACCAACAUGCAUUAUUUUCACUGUGAAUCCAUUUUUUAUUGCAUGUUCUGAUGUCCCUCUUUGUUUUUUUGUAACAUUAACUGCAAUGCUGUUCUUCUUAGAAUUCAUGAAAAUAUAAUUAAAGGAGAUUUUUAAAC